UGCAUUAAGUGUACAUUAAAGUUUGCUAUAUUUGUUAACUGUUUCAUUCAAGCGACGUGAUGCUCAAUGUUCUGGCCUUGCUCAGUAAUGUUAGCUAGUGUGAGAUCUCGAAGAAUGACAGUCAUGCUGCGUAGGCAAACAGUGCUAACUAGCGCAGUUUUAAACCUUUAUCCAAUUUCGAGAAUAAACAAGGAUGUUACGAUGUUUGUUAACCAUUUGCAAAAGUGAUGUUAACGCAAAUUAAUUUGUUCAGGGAUUAGAAAGCUCAAAUGACUCAGGCCAGAAUAUGAAAAGAGAGUCUGGACGCAAGGUCCAGAAAGGGAACAUAGGUGCAGCAAAGGCAAUAGCAGAUGUCAUCCGGACAUGCCUGGGACCAAGAGCGAUGAUGAAGAUGCUGCUUGACCCCAUGGGUGGGAUUGUCAUGACCAACGACGGCAACGCCAUUCUCAGAGAGAUCCAGGUGCAGCACCCAGCCGCCAAGUCCAUGAUUGAGAUAAGUCGCACACAGGACGAGGAGGUGGGAGACGGGACCACGUCAGUCAUCAUCCUUGCUGGGGAGAUGCUGUCCGUAGCAGAGCAGUUCCUGGAGCAGCAGAUGCACCCCACAGUCAUCAUCAGUGCCUACAGACAUGCCCUCGAUGACAUGCUAGACAUGCUGAAAGACAUCAGCACCCCAGUGGAUGUGAACGACAAGGCCCAGAUGCUGAAGAUCAUCAACUCGGCCAUAUGCACCAAGGCAUUGAGUCAUUGGUCUACCAUGGCCUGUAACAUUGCAUUGGACGCUGUGCGGACUGUGGAGUUGGAGGAGCAUGGACGCAAAGAGAUCAACAUCAAGCUGUAUGCCAAAGUGGAGAAGGUGCCCGGUGGCAUCAUUGAGGACUCCUGUGUCCUGAAAGGUGUGAUGAUCAACAAAGAUGUCACUCACCCUCGCAUGCGCAGAAUGAUCAAGAACCCCCGCAUCAUCCUGCUGGAUUGCUCCCUCGAGUACAAGAAGGGCGAGAGCCAGACUGACAUAGAGAUCACGCGUGAGGAGGACUUUUCCAGGAUCCUUCAGAUGGAGGAAGAGUACAUCCAGACAAUCUGUGAAGAUAUCAUCCGCCUCAAGCCAGAUCUCAUCUUCACUGAGAAGGGCAUCUCAGACCUGGCUCAGCACUAUCUGAUGAAAGCCAAUAUUACAGCCAUCCGCCGCGUCAGAAAGACUGACAACAACCGGAUUUCAAGAGCGUGUGGCGCUCGCAUCGCAAGCCGCACAGAAGAGCUGCGCGAAGAGGACGUGGGAACCGGAGCCGGCCUCUUUGAGAUCAAGAAGAUUGGAGAUGAGUACUUCACCUUCGUCACAGAGUGCAAAGACCCUAAAGCCUGCACCAUCCUACUGAGAGGAGCCAGCAAGGAGAUCCUGGCUGAGGUGGAGCGGAACCUACAGGAUGCCAUGCAGGUGUGCCGUAACGUGCUGCUAGAUCCCUUUCUGCUCCCCGGGGGCGGCGCGGUGGAGAUGGCUGUGUCCAAGAGGCUGAUUGAGCGUUCCAAGACCCUGACCGGGGUGGAGCAGUGGCCGUACCGCGCUGUGGCCCAGGCCCUGGAGGUCAUCCCCCGCACCCUCAUCCAGAACUGCGGAGCCUCCACCAUCCGCGUGCUCACCUCCCUCAGGGCCAAGCACACCCUGGAGGGCUGUGAAUCCUGGGGGGUGAAUGGAGAAACGGGCACCCUGGCAGAAAUGAAUGAGCUGGGCAUCUGUGAGCCUCUGGCCGUCAAGGCACAGACAUACAAGACGGCUGUGGAGACGGCCAUCUUGCUGCUCCGCAUUGACGACAUUGUGUCUGGACACAAGAAGAAAGGAGAUGAGCACGCUGGAGGAGGACAGGGGGCUGAGUAGAGAAGGGACAGGCAUGGUAGAGCAGUGGGUAAAUAAAGGCUAGCAGUAGGUACAUAGCACAGCCUACUGUUCGAAUUUUGGAUGCUUUUUAGCAAGAACAACUGAAAUUCGUUUGUCGGUUUUCUCAACCAAGCAUGUGUCCAUAAUCAAGUCACUCUGUUGCAAUGUACAGUUAUUGUUACAUAUUUUGAUUUGCUAUAAAGUUCCAUGUAAAUGCUCUGA